ACGCGCAAUGUGCUCAUUGCAGCAACAAUCUACAGUAGUCGAACUAGUCGGAGAUCUGGUAGCUAAGCGUACGUGGAAAUUCGCUGUUUCCGAACGUCCCUGGUUCCAUUCCAGUAAAGGUCUAGUAGCGAAGGUACGUGGUAAAAUCUUCAAUGAUGAUCGUCCCUGUGAAACCUAGUUUCAAUUGAUCCGCAACGCGUAGUAGCUCAAAAAUCCUUUUGUGUUGACGUAACGAUCUGAUUCUUUGCACCAAUGAUCAUUAGUCAACAGUUCUGAGAGAAAUUCAGACCACCUUUUUUCAGUUCGAUUGCCGACUUCCGAAACAAUAUGCGUUCCUAUCGACAAAAAGUACUGUCGAUCUUUCUCUUUGUCACAAUAUUCUGGUACGAUGGUUUCACUCGAGCGUAUGUGUUUCGCGGAUGUCCUUCGCGUUCGACAUAUUCCUUCCAUGGAUCAUACGAGAACCUUUCAUCAAUGCGAUUGAAUUUCUCCAAGGAUUCUGGUAGGCUCUCCGAUCUAUCAGAUUUUGGUGCCUCGUCCUUUGAUGAAUUGGAGGAAGAAGUACUAGCGUCCACAAGAGCCAAAAUGGAUUUUCAAAAGGUCAAGAUGACCAUUACAGAGCAACCACCACCAUUAAGCAACGAGCCACAACGCACGGCAAUUAUGGCAGCUCAGUGGAAGAUUUCGUUGGCCGCUGCGAGUUUCGUAUCUACGUUUGUUACAAUAGCAACCCAUUCCAAUUUUCUCAUUACUAGUGUUGUGUUCGUGUCGGUAUUCCUCGUUGCCAACCAGGAUCCCCUCGAGGAAGAAGGUGCCGCGGGAGCACUAGCAAGGUUGCUGGGAAGGCUUACAAUUCAAUCAGUGGAAACAACCAAACCAAAACUCAGAGCGAUGGCUAAAGCAGCAAUCACUUCAGAAGAAGAGAGCCAGGAACAAGUUAUUCGCCUUUUGCAACAACGAAUUGAGGUCCUAGAGAAUGAAAACGCGGAUCUAAAACAAUGGAAGAAGCAGCGAAACUCAGCUGAUACAUUAUUAUCUCAAUACGCGCUUGAAGAGCUGAAGGCAAUGGCUCGAGCGAACAAUUUACCUGUGGGAGGAACAAAGAUUCAAUUGCUUAUGCGCUUACUGGAAAACCGAGUUCUAAUUCCUAUGUAAUAAAACGACUCCUUAAAGAUCGAUAUUUUC